CAUUGGUUAAAACUGACAGUCAUCUGUUUUAAAUAAAAAAUUAUAAAAAUUGUAAGAAAUAGUUUCUUUUUUAAGCAUUAUUAUAUAUAAGUUCUAAUAAAAAAUAUAUAAACACCAUGGUUUUUCGUACUUUAAUCCUACAAGUCGGAGCAAAACGGGUUCCAUUAAUUAAAUUCCGCAAAGGUGGUUAUGAGACAAGCUCCGCUGCAGGCACAGCUGGAACAAAUCAGCAGAGUUCUGCCGCUAUUGAGGAUUGGGAAUUGCCUCCUCGUUUUGCCCGUAAACCAAUUACUCCCGAGGAAAUGGAAUACAUAAACCGUGGUGGUCCUGCUUAAUCUAUUUAAUGAAAUUUAACAUCAAGAAAUGAAAACAAUAAUAUCGAAAAAAAAAAUAAAUUUAUAACGAAGCCUCAA